AUGGCUUAUACCGGCUUACUUCCUACUCCAAACGUUUCCCAGCUAAAGUCUCCUGUUAUGAGUGACUAUGUUAAGAAUUCCUAUUAUCCAAUUCCGUUUCAAAUCGUAAAUAUCAUCGAGAGUUGCAACGUUAGUGAGACGGCUUCCUGGAAUAUAAAUGUUAUGGCUAAGAAUAUAAAGUUUAACAUCGAAUGGAAUAUCGGUCAAAGUAACUGUAAUAUUGACAUUUUCCCGAAGGCUGUUGUUAGUACCAUCUCAACGUAUAAUGUCGAGCAACCUGUGUGGUCUACUUCAUUCGCAAAUCAAAAACUUUCGCUUAAAAUCGAGUGGAAAUUAACGUCAACAAACCAAAAUACAUGUCGCUCGGCAGUAGCUACUCCCGUUAAUACUACAUUUCACCGCGUUUUUCCUGAUUCUGGUUAUCACUCUGGUCUUACAACGCCUUAUACAUCUACUGCUCCUGUCAAUAGUAGAUAUAACUCAUCGCUUCCUCGAACUAAAUUAUUUGAUAGCCCUAGGAAACAUGAUGUUUAUCGUCCCAAUGGCAAUACAUCGAAAAAUUCUCCUUCUACAAAUCCUAAAAAUCGUGUUCUAAUUCCACCUGAACCUUCAGCAAUUCAUGAUAAACCUGAAGUUAAUAGCUCUAAUGUUGUCCCUUUGAAUUCCAAUACAAAAGAGUACAAAGCUGAACAGUCCAAAGUUUCAGUUCCUGAGUCUGUUCCUGAAUCUAAACCUGUAAAACCUUCCUCAACAAAACCGUCAGUUGAACUAAUACCUAAUGUGCACAAAUUUGUAAUUGAUUACAGAUCAACUGAUGGUAAUAUACUAACUCUCCCUGAUCCUCAAAAUGAAGAUUUUACCCCUUUUGAUGAUAAAUUCGUUAAAACUCCCGAUGAUCUUAAACCCGAUUCCAAUGGUCUACUUCAUGUCAAUAUAAAUGCGGAUCGUAUGAACAUUCCCGGUACAUGCAGAUUAUGCAAGAAAUCGCUCAAGUCACAUCAAGUUGAUGCACAUCUAAUUGUAUGCCCUAAUCUUAACUCCAGUGAGGUUGAUGAGUUUAUCCAUGAAGUCUCUGAAGCUACUGGUGGUCUAGGUGGUGAAAUAAACGACCAAAUAUUUAAUUAUUGCGAACUUGCAAUUGAAGAUUCCAAUAUUAAUGACACUUUCCAUAGUAUUCUUAAUUUCAAACAAUUUAUAAACAAUCUCGAGUCUUUCCUAGAUAAAAGAGCAAUAGCAGUAUUUAAGAAAUGCAACAUUCUAGGUCUCCAAAAACGUUCCAAUAUUCUAAACUAUAAUAAGUAA